AUGGCCGGUCAAUACACCUACGAUGAGGUUGGAAACGUGAGUCUUGGGCUCUGCUGCGCUCAGUCCCCCCACCACGGUCUGUGUCAGCCGCAUCCCACGCGAGUCUCGACCACGUCACUAACGCGCGGCCGUGCCACUGUCCCCGACCGGACCGACGAACGACGCCCGCGCAACGACACGCUCAACUGCACCACCACCAGUCCUACUUCUUCCUUUUAACGGUGAUGCUCCUCCUCCUCAUCCCGUUGACGUGGACUACGAUCCGAGGCGGUGCCGAAGCCGCGGCGAAACGAGUGCCUUACCCCUGCGAGGGCUGGAACAAGAAGUCGAGCGAACUGCAACGCUCUUCGGCUUCCAUCAAUGCGUUGAUAUCUAUCAAGUCAGUCCGGCGUGGGGCCGUGCUGCUGCGGUGCCGAGUCAGGGCGUUGAUGGCGCUUGCUUCGACGGUCGAACAGGCACGUCAUGCUCGCGGCUGGCUGGGUCGCGUUCGCCGUCGUCGUACAGAAGGCUACCACCGUCAAAGCCGAGAGCGUGGCGUUCGAUCCGUUCAAGAUCUUGGGGGUCGCCAUGGUAGGCACUUGCGGCAAUGGCGGCGAUGGCGGCGUGGGAACGUAUACUCGACCGCAGACUGACGAACGCGAUCCACCGAAUCUACUCAGGGGUCAAGUGAGAAGGUCAUCAAGAAGCAUUAUCGCAAAAUGUCGCUCAAGUAGUGAGUGGCCAGUCGAGAAGCGCAUCUUGUCCGACGUGUGAUACUCAAUCCCGCUUCGUCUGCAGCCACCCGGACAAGGUUGGAUUGCUCGUCAACCAGACCAAGGAGGAGGUCGACAACAUCUUUGUCGAGUUGACAAAGGCUUACAAGGCGUGAGUACGUCCUCCCUCUCACCCCAAAAGGCAACAUCAAUCCCACUGCUCCCCACGUUCACUCCCCCACAGCCUGACCGACCAAGUCAGUCGCCACAACUGGGAGAUGUUCGGUCACCCCGACGGCAAGCAAGAGUUCAGCCAGGGCAUCGCCUUGCCCUCGUGGGUCGUCGACUCCAAGAGUCGUUGGUACGUCAUGGCCGCCUACGCCUUGGUCCUCGGUGGUAUGUUGCCCUACUUUGUCGUAAGUCAUCAUUCGCCUCGCGUAAACACCACUAGAGAGAGAGAGAGAGAGAGCUGAUGAUUCGUGCACAACAGGGCCGAUGGUGGUACGGCACGCGCAAGUUGACCAAGGAUAAUGUCCUCAACUCGACCGCCGUCACCUUCUUCCGUUCGCUCAAGGAAGAGACCUCCUUCCCCGUCCUCGUCGACAUCCUCGCCGCCGCAGACGAGUUCGCCGUUGAUCCCGAACUCGUCAGUGGGCGCAAAAAGCUUGGCAAGGCCGAUAUCGACGAAUACGCUCGCUUAACUUCGACGAUCCGCGAGGGUGUUGAUGGCAAGUCUGGCUGGGAAGGGUACGGAACGUGGUCGACGGCGCAAAAGAGGGCUCGUGUCUUUAUUGCGGCUCAUUUGCUUCGCGUGCCCGUCAAGUCGCCCGCGUUGAUCAAAGGUCAGUGGCCUUGGAAGAAUACACCGCUUGGAUGAUCCCAUGCUGAUAACAGUUCUUGACGGUUCCCGACAGAGAAACACCGCAUCGUGACCCUCGCUUUGCCCCUGUGCAACGGCCUCUCGUCGAUCGUGCUCGCCCACAACUGGCUCUCGACCUACAUCGCGGUCCAGCAUCUCCAACAAUUCCUCCUCCAAGCCGUUCACCCUAGCUCUUCACCUUUGCUCCAACUUCCCAACCUCACCCCCGAGAUUGCCCAAGAGGCGAACAAGGUCGGUGCACACACCAUCACGGACUUUGGUCGUCUCAACGCCGGUCAAGUCGAGAAGCUCCUGCCCGGCUUCCCCGAACAACACAAGAAGGAAAUCUUUGAAGUGGCCAAACAUUGGCCCGUCGUUUCCUUCGUCGAUGCCAAGUUCAAAGUCGUCGGUGAAACCAUCGUCACACCCGGUGCGAUCAUUUCUUUCACCGUCAAGUUGAGGAUCACCCCGCCUGGUCAGGUCAUGCCGGAGAUUACGAGCGUAACCGUUGGGAAACAAGAGGAGGAAGGCGAAGAGGAGAGUAUUGAUGAGCUGAUCGGUCGACGCAAGGCGGGUGAGGAUGGCGAUGAGCCGACGCCGCUGGCUCAUGCUCCCCAUUACCCCAAGGUGGGUCCUUACCCUUCCGAGAGAUCUAGCCCGAUCGUCGACUGACUUCCUUCGAUUCUAUCCUACAGAACCGAAAACCGAGCUGGAGCGUCUUCAUCGGCGACCACAAGCUGAACCGCAUCUUCGUCGCGCCCCACAAAUUCACCGACAUGGGACCCCAUCGCGUCCGUACGAUCCGCAUGAGUUUCCAAGCCCCCCUGGACCAGGUCUCUACACCUUCCAAGUCUACGCCAUGUCCGAUUCCUUCGUGGGCACGGAUGCGCAGAAGGAUAUGAAGAUGAAGGUUGAUGAAGCGGCCGAUGAUGAGGACGCGUUGGGCGCGGAGGAUGAUAUUUCCGAACCGGAUGAGGAUACGAUCGCGGGGCAGAUGGCGUUGAUGAAGGGCCAGUCGGUGAAGAGGGCGGCGAGGGCCGGUGAUGAGGAUGACGAGGACGAAGAUACAAGUGGGACGGAUGAUGAUGAGGACGAGGAUGAUACCUCGGAUUCGGAUAGCGAUUGA